AUGAAUGUACACAAAACAAUAGAAUAUAAAAUCAUACAACAAUUCAUCAAAAUUGCAGAUGAAAUUGACAAUGAAUUCAAUGAUAAUCAGUUAAAACGAAAAUGUGAAAGAAUUUCUCAAUCGAAUUAUGGAUCAUUUCAAUGUUCAAUCAUCCACAAUAAGAAAGUUUAUUUAUGCUUAAUCGAUCUAAAUAAAUACAAUAGAUUUUGGGGAUUAUUUCGCGAACUUUUAAUGAAACUCCAUUAUCUAUAG